AUGGAUGACCUCACUCUGGAUGGGAAAGUAGCUAUCAUAACUGGCUCAUCUCGUGGAAUAGGCGAAGGGCUUGCAGUUGAAUUCGCUAGACGUGGAGCAAAGGUCGUGAUUACCUAUACUAGCGAAUCUAGCUCAGCCAAAGCUGACAAGGUUCUGUCUUGUAUAGUAGGCUACCAAUAUGGCCGGUCUGCUAUCAAAGUCCAAGCUGACCUACGCACAUUGGAAGGACCAUCUCAGAUUGUUGCCGCAACACUAAAAGCUUUCCCCGACGACGGCAUCGACAUCCUCGUCAACAACGCUGGCUGCGAGGUACAGAAGCGACUGUCUGAAGUCACUGCAGAGGACUUGCAAUAUGUGUACGAUCUAAACGUGCGAGGUACCAUGUUGAUGACGCAAGCUGUCCUGCCUCAUCUACGACGGCCGGGUCGCAUCAUCAACAUCGCCAGCGUCGCUGCACGAGCAGGACUUUCAGGUUAUUCUCUUUAUGCCUCCAGCAAGGCAGCCAUGGAAGGGUUUACUCGCUGUUGGGCGGCGGAACUGGGUGCAGACGGACAUACUGUCAAUUGCGUCAAUCCUGGUCCGGUGGAUACGGACAUGAUCUAUCAAAUCAAUCCGGACAUUGUGGAGGCACAAAAGAAGUCCACUCCGGUCGAACAACGACUGGCGACGGUGGAUGAUAUUGCGCAGAUAUGUGCUUUCUUGGCGGAAGAACGAAGUCGAUGGGUCACCGGACAGACCAUUUCGGCCAGUGGAGGUUGGACAAUGUAUUGAAGUCCGAUAUGGUCCACGCUCUCUUUCAAUAUCCCGUAAUGAGUCAUUUGAUAUGCUCGCCGGCCAGUCUUUUCGAUCUCCGCCUCGGAAAGAAGUUGCUGUGGAUCAUAGAUUGUAUAAUCUCGAAUUACCACAUCGGGGCCUCGAAAGGAGGCGUUGAGGACCUUACGAACAAUGAACAUACAUCACAUGGGACAGACAAAAGAUGGUAUCUCUGAGUCAUA